ACAAAACCCUCAGUCAAUCCGCCGCUAUAUACACGCCGGCAGGCGUCAUAUUUCCAGGUCUCGAUCGUCGGAGAAGGAGGAGGAGAGGAAACAUAUAUAACGGCGACAUGUCCCGUUGCGUGGAUCCGCUGGUGGUGGGGCGGGUGAUCGGCGAGGUGGUGGACAUGUUCGUGCCGUCGGUGGCCAUGGCGGUGGCCUACGGCGCCAGGGACCUCAGCAACGGCUGCCACGUCAAGCCCUCCCUGGCCGCCGACCAGCCGCUCGUCCGCAUCUCCGGCCGCCGCAACGACCUCUACACCCUCGUGAUGACGGAUCCCGACGCGCCUAGCCCCAGCGAGCCCACCAUGAGGGAGUACCUCCACUGGAUAGUGGUUAACAUACCGGGUGGAACAGAUGCAACUAAAGGUGAGGUGGUGGUGCCGUACAUGGGGCCGCGGCCGCCGGUGGGGAUCCACCGGUACGUGCUGGUGCUGUUCGAGCAGAAGACGCGCUUCCCCUACGUGGACGCGGCGUCGCCGGAGGACCGCGCCUACUUCAACACCCGCGCCUUCGCCGGCAACCACGAGCUCGGCCUCCCCGUCGCCGUCGUCUACUUCAACUCCCAGAAGGAGCCCUCCGGACACCGCCGCCGCUGAGGCAUGCAAUUAAUCACGCUGCAUGCCAAACAGAGCGAUGCAGACUUAUCCCGGUGAAGAAUAAUAGCCGAGCUUCCAUAUAUAUAUAUGCAUGCCAGCAACUGCUAUGUGUUGCUUUUAAUUACUGUUGUGUAAUCGCACUGUGCUUGUGUAUGCAUGCAUGAGAUGAGAUGCAUGGGAACCGAUAUAUUUUGGGGUUUUGCAGCAUAAGUCUGCAUGCCUCCGCGCGACGGGUGUUUCCCGCCGCGCCUUCUUGUAAUAAUAGUAGAAUGCAGCCGCGCUUAGUAAUUUCUUCUUGUUUGGUCCUCAA